UCCAAAUUCAUUUUUUUUCAAACCCCACCCGCCCCCCUUCGCCUGAAAAUCGGACCUCUCCUCUUCUCCUUCGGUUUUCCGGCCAUAACUCCUCCUCCCGACCUCCAAAUCACAAACCGCGAGCGCCCCCCAUGCUCCGGGCGUCGAGGAGCACAUUCCCCAAAGUUUUGGUCUGGUUUGGCCGAGGUUGGGUCACCGGCGAUGAGUUUUCCGGCGAGUCUCCGGUGUGUUUUCCGGCGACUUUGGGUACUUCUUUCCACUUUCUUCACCUCUCUCGUGGUCUCUCCUUGCGUCUCCAGGUGUGUUCUCCUCGUCUUUUCUUUUAUUUAUGGAGAAUCGAUUCCUAGAGUUAGGUGAAGAACUUUUGAUUGUGGAAUGCAUGGUUUGGGAAUAUUUUGGGUUUGGGGGAUGAUUGGGCUGAUUGCAUGUUGAAUGGUCUGCGUGAUAUGUGAUUUUUCUGUGAUGCCUCGAUUGUUGCUAUUUAGGACAGUUGUGGUAUGCUUGUUUCACCAUGGGCCUAGUCCACUGUCCGAAUCGCUCAAUUUGAGGGUCCCCGGUGUAUUUUGCUGUGUAAAUCUCGUAUGAUGGGUAUGUUUGUGUCGCCGGGAGUCUAGUCCACUGUCCAUAUCUUUCGAUAUGAGGGCUCCCGGUGUGGUUUUGGCCUAACAUUGACCCCGUUUGCUUGUGUACACUUUGUCCUUCAUUGUGUUUUGCAGGAUCAUGGAGGUUUAUCUCGACCAGAUGAACAUCGUCCAGCGCCAUAAGCUGCGGAACCUCCGUGACCGCAGCAUCGCCGAGCACUUUCACCUCGAUUGGGGGGUGUUAGAGGAGCUUCAUGCCAGGCCACAGAUGGAGGCCGCGGUCCGCUCCCCUGCUUGGCGGCAUCUUCUUACCCUCGCCGAGCCGACCUACAAGGAGCUAGUUUGGGAGUUCUACGCCACCUUCCACCACAACUUGAAGGGGAACUCCGACCCUGCUGAUGCAGUUCAGUUCACCCUCGGCAGGGUGGAGCACUCCCUCAGUUACUGGGAGUUUGCCAAUGCACUUCGUCUCAAUUCCCGGGCAGCAGGCGGGCCGCCCCUACGCUUGGACCUCUCAGAUCCCACCGACUUCGCUUGUCAGGCAUCCUUUCAGAGCAUUUGCCUGCAGGAAAGUGUGGAUGAAGAGUACGUGGCCAGCCAGACGCGGGCUGCUCUCCUCCAUCCGGAAUGGCGGAUCCUCAACCACCUGAUGUGCACUUCUUACACACCCAGCCAGGGCUCGUCCAACUGGGUCACACUCCGGACUCUCUGGUUGUUGCAUGCGAUGGGUCGUUCUGAGAACACCAUCCAGUUGGGCUCUGUGCUUGCCCGGACGUUCACUAAGGCAGCCAUCAGCAUGACUCACAGCCUCGUUUGUGGCCCGGUGAUCACCGCCUUGGCCCGCAACUACGGGGUGGACUACACAGGGAUGACAUUGGUCCGCGUACCAACCCCACUCGGCGAGCCUACUCUCCGCCACCAGCACUUGGUUGCUCGCCUCGGGCGUGUGCGCUGGAUCGCGGGCCUUCCUCAGCCGCCUAUACCUGCAGAGGGCGACCAGGCCGAGUCGAGCGCCGCUGGUGGGCGCCGAGUUCCCCGUCGCGUUCCCCGUCGUGCCCAGGCUCCCGCGAGUCCCUCUCCUGCUCCCUGGUCUCCUUCUCCAGGGUCACCUCCUCCAGUGGUGGUGCCCAUCUCCGACCAGUUGGCGGCGAUCUCUCAACAAAAUGAGCGCAUCCUGGCCGGCCAGGAGCGCAUCCACACCCGCCUUGAUCGUGAGCGGGACCGAGGGCGUCGUCUUAUGUCGGGGCAGCACUACAUCAUGUCCUACUUGGGCUUGGACCCGAACGCGGUCCACUACCCGUUCAUGCAGUCCCCAGGGUUUGAGGAUGAGUACCCUCCACCCACCGGCGAUGGCGGUGAUGCCUUCUAGAGCGGGUUUUGUGCUUUAUUUGUGCUUUAUUUGCAGUCCCCAGUGUGUGUGUUUUUGUUGUCUCUAGCUCUGUGCCCCCUUCUUUUGACUGGUCCGCCUUCCAGUCAACGUUCCUGACCACUGUUUCACGGUAACAUCGUUCCCCUUCCCUCUGCUCCAUUGAGGACAUUGUCGCGUUUAAGUGUGGGGGGGGGGGGGUUUCUUUGUAUGAAUUGGAACGUAUAUAUGUGUGCUUGGAGCCUAGUCCACUAUCCAAAUAUGUAGAUUUGAGGGCUCCAAGCGCGGCUGUUUGCUUGAUGAUUGAUCGUAUUGGCACUGUGGAUGUGAUUAGUAAAUUGAAUGGCUUUUGACUUGAUACAUGACAACUUGAGUGUGACUUAGACAACUUAUUGUGAUGAUUGAGAUGUGCAGUAGAAUUGUGUAGGGGUUCAGUUUUUCAACUGUCUGCUCACCAAAUGUCACUUGGUUUGAUCACUUGCUUUUGACAGUCAUUUAUGCAUCUAGUUCAGGGUAUUAGAAUGUGAGAUAGAGCAUAUAGGUAGCCAUGUGAGAUUUGAGCCUGCUCGUUUCUUUCUUGUGCGAUAGUUUCCUCUUCCAUGAUGUGCAGCAUUCACGUUGUCAUUAGCUAAGAUGAUGGAGGCAUAGGAUUAGCCCACGACCAAAUUGACUGUCCUGGUGUGUCAUACCCCUAGUCAGCCCCUUUGAGCCGUGUGUUUUCUUUCUUUCGGUCUUUAAUGAAAAGUCACCCUUUUGCAUCUUUUAGAAGGUUCCACAGAGUGAUUUUUUCUUGUUCUCUGCUGUUUCUGCUAAAUGUAAUGUGAGGGUUGGAGGUAGUGCUUAAAAGUUGGGCAGGUGUUUGAAAAUGUGCAGAGGCGGUGGUUCUCUUAUGAAAUGAAAAAUAAUGAAAGAAAAAACAAAGAAAAAUUGAAAGCAAAAGAGAGCCACCACCAAAAAUCUGAAUAAUGCCCAUGUAGUAGUUUCUUAGCAGUCUGGCUUAGAAAUACUAGCAUUUAUGUAACCUCCUUCGCUCUUGUGCUCUGAACUUGAGUAAUGCAGAAUAGCAGAAAGAAAGUUUGGUUGGAUUGAUUGUGAGUCUGUUGGGAUUGGAAAUGUGGAACCUUGUGCUGUAUGAAUACUUCCACCACCUAAAAGGCCUUUUCCCCAUGUCCAAGACCCUAGCCAGUCAUCUGAACCUGUGUCUAAGACCUCCGGAUUGGUUAGUGAUGACACCCCAUAUGUGAACUCUAGCACUUAGAGGCUGCAUUCAUGAUGAAGAGAUGUUAGGGAUUGAGAGAUUAAGCAUGCACAUUUUUCGCAUCAUAUUAUCCUGACCCCACUGGUCGAGAGUGAGCGAUUCAUUUUCUCUUAUUCUCUAUACUCUUUAUCCCGGUGAGGACCUAGAUUGCUCGGUCUUAAUUCUGAUAUCUUGAACUUUGUGCAUGAUGUGACUAUUUUGAACAAGUGGUUGAGUCAAGUCUAUGUUGGUUGGUGAACAGAAGGGAGACUCUUCCUUUGUUCGAUUCUACUGCAUUCGAAUGUCAUCUGUGGUGGUUGUCUAGGUUGUCAUUGAGGUUGUCCAUGUGUUAAUGAUCGAAAGCCAGUAUGAUCCACGUGUUUUGUGCCGAUAUGUCAUGCCUUGUUGUUUUGAGCUUACUUUGUGUCUGACUUGGUUUGCUUGGGGACAAACAAACGGUUAAGUGAGGG